UAUUGAAUUGGGUGUGCUUAAUAAAAAACAGUUGCUCUGUCGUGCCAAUGUAUAUUCUGUCAGAACAGUUCUUCUGCAGAAUCGCUUCCCAUAUGCUAAUCAACUUUUGCAACUCUAAAUUUUACCAUCUUUUCAUACAAAAGGCGUGUCGAAAUACUGUCGGAAUGUAUACCUGGGGAAACAACUUUUCUAGUGUACACACGUAAAUUUUUGGCCACUCUGCGGGUGUUGAUAUCAGUGUUAUUCGGAUCAAAAUAUAUCGUGAAUUUGUAAAGAGAUCACCACAUGCGUUGUUAGUGCACUGCAAUUUGGCAAUAAGCUGUUACAUUAAAUUUAAGGAUCGACGUCUACAUAACUACAUAUGUAUAUGAACUCGUUCAUACUGUAUUCGAUGUUGUGUGUUUCAGAUAGGGUGUGAGAAGAAAAGAAGUUACAAGGGAAAAUUCAGCAAGGGGAGAACUUCAAAUGUAUUGGUACUAACAUUCAACUUGGGUCUUGCCAAAUGUGGCCAAACGAGAGUCUUUUAGCUUAAAGCUGGGUAAUACCUUGGCAUGUCUACAGCACACUUCACCAAUGAAUUAAGUAGAUUCAACAGAGUGAGUUCCAGUUCUCCAUCGAGUUCCAUCUCAUCCGUCAACUUGUCAUCUGCUUCAGUGUCACCAAGCUUCUCCUCAUUGUGAGAUAGUGCUGUUGCACCGGUUUUAAUUUCGCUUCAAAAAGGGUACGAGAGUCCAACUGCUAUGUCUGCUCAGGUCACAUCGAAGAUCCCUACUAACAUUAAUUUGAAAGGAUCUAUCCAGAAAAUAAACCCAGCACACCAUCCCGAUAUGUCUGAACAAUCCAAAGUCAAUGAAUCCACGUUACCACUGUCCGAAGAUCCGAGGACACUGCAAUUGGCGUUGGAACUAUCAUUGGUCGGAUUAAACGACAAUCAAAAUUGCUAUGUGCAACCUGCUCAACCGCUACCAAUGCCCCUAGGUGCACAAAAUGACUUUGAAAUUGGGACCAUAAACAUGCACACAUUUUCUAAAGUAGACAGCACGCUACCAAUUCAAUCGGCACCGAACUGCCUUCUAUUACCGACUGCCGGCGCCGCCAGUUCAGAAGAUCGAUCCAAAAAGUCGCAAAAUAUGACCGAAUGUGUUCCAGUCCCUAGUUCAGAACAUGUAGCAGAAAUAGUGGGCAGGCAGGGGUGCAAAAUCAAAGCUUUGAGAGCCAAAACUAACACUUACAUUAAGACGCCAGUUCGAGGAGAGGAACCUGUGUUCGUGGUGACUGGUCGAAAGGAAGAUGUAAACAAGGCUAAACGAGAAAUUCUUUCCGCUGCUGAUCACUUUAGCUUAAUUCGCGCAUCACGUAAGCCUAUAAGCGACAGUCACAACAACGGAAAUGUAGGAAGUGCGAGUAGCUCUAGUGGUGGUGCAGUUCCUCGCAUGUCAGGUCCCCCUUGUAUGCCUGGUCAGGUAACCAUACAGGUACGUGUACCUUAUCGGGUAGUGGGACUCGUUGUUGGGCCAAAAGGCGCUACAAUCAAACACAUUCAACAAGAGACGCAAACUUACAUUGUGACACCAUCGCGAGAAAAGGAACCAAUUUUUGAAGUUACUGGCUUGCCAGACAACGUUGAUACUGCACGAAAGCAAAUAGAAGCUCAUAUUGCCCUUCGAACUGGGAGUGGAUCUGGAAAUGCUGAUCCUAUUACUAUGGAAAUUAGUAAUUUGGCUGAGGCUAAUGAAUACGCGUCACUGCCUUCAUUAACGCAAAUUCUAAAUGAUGAUUUGAAUUCGGAAAUUUUAUCGUCCAUAUACAAAAAUGCCCAUCCGUCUACACAGGAGUAUGCAAAUAAUUCCAUGAAGACGAUUGGAAACGUAAGCAAUUCAGUGCAGCACGUGCAAGGUCAUCAUACUGGUAACUGUUUUCAAAAAUCUGAGUUUGCUGAUAUGGAAAUGACAGCAAAUUUAACGGCAACAGAUAUAUAUGACAAACGUCUUCCUGGAAAUGAAGUUUCUAUGCCUUUGGCCAAAGCUAAUGUUGCUAAUAUUGUUUUUCGCACUACGUCUAGUAAAACAUUGUCUUUCUGUACUCCCACAUCUACAUCGGCAUCUUUUCAUCCCAACUGUAAUGCCAAUAUUUUAACAAGAUCUUGUUCAUCUGCUUCUUCUACCACUUCAACAAAAAGUACCAACAAUAGCGCAAAUACACCUCCAGAAAUAUUGAAUAUAUGGAGGAGUAUUAGUGAUUCAAUUGACGUUGACGAGGGUAUAGGGGACUCUCCCAGUAUUUGGAACCAACCGACAAAUAUCAUACCUACAGCUCACUGCUCGCCCACAAUCUCAAUAAGCCCUACCGACUCUCUUUUAGGUAUGGGUGAACAUUCUGGAAAUCAACAAAAUCAUAACCACAUUAAAGAGCCCACUACGUGUAAUAUCCCACAAAAGAUAAAAACCAUUCAAGUGCCAUCCAACGCAGAAAAAAUUUUAAUUCAUCGUGAAUGCUUUGUAUGUAAUGAAAAUAAUGUUACCACUGCUUUGGUUCCAUGUGGUCACAAUAUGUUUUGUAUGGAAUGUGCUAAUCACAUCUGUCUUUCUAUGGAUGCUGUUUGUCCGGUUUGUAAUUCUAUUGUCUACCAUGCAAUGCGAAUUUUAGGAUAAUUUGAGUUUUUUUAAGUGUUUAAUAUUUGUUUGUUUUUUAGUUAAUCGGUUUUACAUCUAGUCGUGGCUUCCGUGAAGUCUAUUAGUCUACAUAAGUUGAACGUUUAGGGAUUAUAAAGAUUUCUUCAUUUCAAAUUUAUUUAUGUCUAGGGAUCUGAAACACAUAUUUAGUUUAUAAAUUUUUUUUUUUUCAAAACAUGAUAACCGUCUUCUAUUUUUAUUUAAAAUUCAAAUUGACAAUAUGAUGUUAAAUUCUGGAGGCUUUCGCCCUUAUUAGUAUUUAUUAUUUCAAAAGUGUUUCAGCCAGGUGUUUUGAAAAUUAAGCGUUUGGCGAAAAGGUAGUACCCUUCUGAAACCCAGCUUCUAUCCUAUAUAUAAGCAAAUGAACUUCGUAUUAGUUUUCUGUGUAACUCGUAUAAUAUAAUUUUUGUAAGAGGUUCAGAAAGUCUUUCGAAACCUAUAAUGUGUAUAUAUUCUUGAUCACAAGAAUGCCUGUAAAAAAUAUUAGGUAUGAUUCUUCUAAGGCUCUGAA